ACAACAACAACAACAACAACAGCAGUCAAUACACAACAAGCACAAGACACACGCACUCUCUCCAUGAUGACAACACGAGAAGCGUGGCUCGGGUGUGUGCGGCGGUCCUGCGCCCGUCGGCGGCUGGUCGUGCUUGUGGCGGUGGUGUUGGGGGUGACGGCGACGGCGAUGCCACGGAGCGAAGCGCAGGCAAUGAACGUGCAUGCCUGCACGCAACAGUUUGUGUUGUCAGUGUCCACGGGAAGGACAGGGAGCACGCUGCACAUGCAGGCGCUGAGCGCAUUCCAAUCCACGUUUGCCAUCCCGGAGCCAUUCCGCUACUGGCGACAGCACCCAGAGGCAACGGACUCGCCAUCCUACAUGGAUCUCUUCAGCUGCAACUUCCUCAAGCACGACGGGCUCACACGGCGGGUGUUCUGGGUGUAUGCGUGCUCGAAUAACCGUGUCAUCGCCCACGACAAGGAGCUGCUCAAGCGCUGCAAGCGAAGCGAGUUGACGGCGGCUGACCGCGCACUCCUCUUUGAUGUGUGCGCCCGCGCGUGUGUCAAGAUUGUCAAGACCAUCCGCUUCACAUCCUUCCCACUCACAGACGACGAUGCACAGCAGCUGCAGCUCCUCGGCCACCUCCACAUGGUCCACCUCGUCAGGCAGCCGUGGAACGCUGUGGUGUCCAAGCACAAGAGCGGGUGGAGGUACGAUCCAACGGAGGAAGGCAUCGGUGGCGCAUUGAGAUCAGAGUGCAAGAACAUGCUGCAGACAACGGAGAUUGCACACGGCAUUGCCGCCCCACCCAUGCUCACGCUGUGGCACGAGGACCUGGUCAGCAACAUGACUGCGUCACUCACCUUCAUCUUGGGCCAGCUGCGCUGGAACAAGAACGUCAUCGAUCACACCGCGCCCGCGCUAGCCAACCACCUCAGCAAGCACGAGUUUGCCGCCUUGCACCGCAAGCACCUCAAGCCACUCAACGUCACUCAGGAGCAGGCGCUCACGUGGAUCAAGAACAGGCAGGCCACCCUCAACCAAGCCGACCCUUGCGUUGCUGCGUACAAGGCAUUCAACUACGCAUAUCCGGAGGAGAGGGUGGGCUGA